AUGACAUGAGUGAGUCAUCUACUCAAGAAUGUGGAGCAUAUGUGUUCCAUCCAGACGAAAAUAAUGUUAUAAGAUUAAUUGAUACACCAGGGAUAGGCGAUACCAGAGGCAUUGAAUAUGAUAAAAAAAAUUUCGAGAAUAUCUUAAAAUGUAUUAGUCAAUACGACUAUCUGAAUGGAAUUUGCAUACUCCUUAAACCUAAUAAUGCUCGACUAAAUAUAAUUUUUAAAUACUGCAUACAAGAAUUAUUAUCACACCUUCAUAAAAGUGCUAAGGAUAAUAUUAUUUUCUGUUUUACUAAUACCAGAGGAACGUUUUUUCGUCCAGGAGAUACAUUACCAGUGUUAAAGGAACAACUUGAUGAAAUUCAAAAAAGGUCUGAUAUUGAAAUAAAAAUUUGUAAAGAAACAAUAUACUGUUUUGAUAACGAAUCAUUUAGAUAUUUAGUAGCAGUUAAGAAAGGGAUGAUAUUAACUGAUAAAGAAAUGUUCGCAUCUAGUUGGACAAAAUCAGUAAAAGAAUCUAUAAGACUACUUCAACAUAUAAUAAACUGUACACCUCACAAAAUUAUUGAUACUAUAUCGCUUAAUAAUGCUAGGCAAAUAGUGACGGUCCUUUAUAAACCUCUUGCAGUGGUAACCCGAAAUAUUCAAGAAAAUCUUUUUAAUAUUGAAAAAUUAAAAAAAGAAAUACAAAGUGCUGACUUAACCGACGAGGAGCUUAAAAGCAAGUUGCACAUUCCAUAUAUAGAGCUUGAGUUGAUUUCUCUAGAACGGCCCAAAGUUGUAUGCACAAAUAAUAUUUGUCAAAACCCGAUUUUUGAUAAAAGAGUGGAAAGCUGCCAUGUUAAGUGGAAAAUGUUAAACACAUUUUUACAGAAGCGCAAGGGAGUUAUGAUUUUUGGAACGUGUAAAUCCUGUGGUUGCCCUGCGAAAAAUCAUAAAGCAAAUUUUUAUGAGAGCAUAUCUAAAUAUUCAAAGAAAUUUGAUGAAAAUAUAGAAAAUAAAAUCUCUGAAAAUAAAUUAGAUCAAACUGUCAAGCAAAACCACAUAGAAAUGCUCCAAGAAAAGAUCGACCAAUUAAAAGCACAAAAAAAUACAGUUGACGAUAUUGUAAUUCAAUUUACACAAUUUCUAACGCAAAAUGCAAUUGCAAGUUUUAAUGACUCAUACGCAAAAUACCUCGAACAUAUAAUACGCCUUGAAAAAAUGAAAGUCAACACUUCUAAAGAUUAUAAUACCGAAAUCCUUGAAAGUCUUGAAGAAACAAAAAGAAAAUAUGAUGAAAAGGUAAAAGCUAUUAAAAAAAUUGAGAACUGUGAGCUUCUCCCAUGCUCACCUUCUAUUGAGGACAUAUUUAACCUUGUAAACCAAUUAUAUGACUUACCCGAUAUCGGUCAAUAUUUACAAAAUGUAAAAAAAGAAGAGGAAAGAACGUUAAA